AGAUGCCCGGCCGGAAGGCGCGCAAGAGCGCGCAGCCCGGCCCCACGCGGGCCCCCGAAGAGCUCGAAGUGGAGUGUGCCAUUCAGCUCAGGAAAUUUGGAGACAAACUGAAUUUCCGGCAGAAACUUCUGAAUCUGUUAUCCAAACUCUUCCGCUCAGGAACCUGAU